AUGAAAUUUAAAACUAAGCCUUUUAAAUUUCAGGAUUUAAAUGGAUAAAAACUUGGCUUUGUUUGUGUAAAUUUCUUUUUAUUAUAGCAUUCAAUUAUUAGGUUGCUCAAAAUAAAGAUUAAUCUAAUAUAAUUAGCAGGAAGAUUUAUGAAUACGUAAGUGAAGGGAAUAUUUUAUUAACUUAGUUUAAAAUAUUGGACUAUAAUUUUGAUAAAUUUAAAAGUAAAUAAUAAAACAUAUUAAAAAUCUUCUGCUAAGGUAUAAAUUAAAAUUGAAAAUAUGCUAAAAAAAGGAUAUAUUAUCUCUUAAUUCCUAAUAUAUUAUUUGAAAAGUUAUUUAAUAUUUCUAAAAUGCUUAUAUCUGUUAGAGAAAUUUAUAAUUAAGAGUCUCUCUAGAUAUUAAAAUUGCUUAAAUAUGCAAGUUAAAUUUUAGUGA